AUGGCUUCCUCUUCCUCCCAUCCCCGCGUUGUUGUCCCCGUCGACCAGGGCUGGUCGUUCAAGCAGGCGGACCAGGACGACACACAUUGGCUGCCCGUGGGCCAGUUCCCGACCAAUGUGCACCUCGACCUGCUGGCGCAUGAGCGUAUCCCGGACCCGUUUGUGGGCAAGAACGAGCAACUCGUGCAGUGGAUUGGCGAGACGACAUGGGUAUACAAGACGACGUUCGCCCUGGACAAGGCUGCGUCGUCGCCCGGAGGGAGCAAGACAGUUCUCGCCUUUGAUGGCCUCGACACAUUUGCCACCGUGGUGCUCAACGGCAAGACCAUCCUCGAGGGCGACAACAUGUUUUUACCGUACCGCGUGGACGUGACCGACACCGUGCGUGCCGAUGGCCCCAACGACCUCGCAAUCACCUUUGACAGCGCCUACCUCCGUGGGUGGGACCUGGUGGAGCAGCAUCCGGACCACAAAUGGGGCUGCUGGAACGGCGACAACUCGCGGCUUGCGGUCCGCAAGUCGCAGUACCACUGGGGCUGGGACUGGGGCCCGGUGCUGCUGACGUGCGGGCCGUGGCGGCCGAUCCAUGUGGAGGUGUACGACGCACGCCUGUCGGACCUGUCCUUUGACACGACGGUGGACGAGUCGCUGCGGUCGGCGACGGUCGCGGCCCGAGCGGAGGUGGAAGCCCGGUCGGUUGCCGGUACACAGGUGCGCUUCGACGUGUCGCUGGACGGCGUGGCUGUGGCGUCUGAGACGGUCGACGUGGCCGCCAAGGAGAAGCGCAGCAACGACGACAACGACGACGACGACGACACUCCCAACGGCACCGCUACGGCCACGUUCCUGAUUAACAGCCCGGCAUUGUGGUACCCAGCCCGCUACGGCAAGCAGCCGCUCUACACGGUCCGGGCGACACUGCUUGUCGGGGACACCGAAGCAGACACAGCCACCAAGAAGAUUGGUCUGCGGCGCUCCCGCCUCGUGCAGCAGCCGCUGGAGGGUCAGCCGGGCACCAGCUUCUUCUUCGAGGUCAACAACGUGCCCAUCUUCUGCGGCGGCAGCGACUGGAUCCCGGCGGACAACUUUGUGCCGCGCAUCUCGAGGCAGCGCUACCACGACUGGGUCAAGCUGGCCCUGGACGGCCACCAGGCCAUGAUCCGCGUGUGGGGCGGCGGCAUCUACGAGGAACAGGCCUUUUACGACGCCUGCGACGAGCUCGGCGUGCUCGUGUGGCAGGACUUUAUGUUUGGCUGCGGCAACUACCCGGCGUGGCCGGCGCUGCGCGACUCGAUCCGGCGCGAGGCGGCGGCCAACGUGCGCCUGCUGCGGCACCACCCCAGUAUUGUGAUUUGGGCGGGCAACAACGAGGACUACCAGUACCAGGAGAGCGAGGGCCUGACGUACGACUACGCCAACAAGGACGCCGAGAGCUGGCUCAAGACGGACUUCCCCGCGCGCUACAUUUACGAAAAGAUUCUGGCCGACGUGUGCAGCGCCCUGGUCCCGGGCACGCCGUACCACUACGGCAGCCCGUGGGGCGGUGGCGUGGACACGCACGACCCGACGGUGGGCGACAUCCACCAGUGGAACGUGUGGCACGGCACGCAGGAAAAGUACCAAAACUUUGACCGGCUCGUCGGCCGGUUCGUGUCCGAGUUUGGCAUGGAGGCGUUUCCCAGCGUGCGCACCAUUGACCAGUUCCUGCCCAGCGGCCGCGACGACGCGGACCGCUACCCGCAGAGCGCGACCAUCGACUUCCACAACAAGGCCGACGGACACGAGCGGUGCAUCGCGCUGUACCUCGUCGAAAACCUGCGGUACGCGCCCGACCCGCUCGAGCAGUUUGUGUACUGCACGCAGCUGAUGCAGGCCGAAUGCCUGGCGUCGGCGUACCGGCUGUGGAAGCGGCAGUGGCAGGGGCCGGGGCGCGCGUACUGCGGCGGCGCGCUCGUGUGGCAGCUCAACGACUGCUGGCCCGUGACCAGCUGGAGCAUCUGCGACUACUACCUGCGGCCCAAGCACGCCUACUUCACGGUGAAGCGGGAGAUGGCGCCCGUCACCGUGGGCAUGACGCGCAGGGAGCAUGCGCACAGCAGGGCGGGCGGACACAGCCACUCGCGGAUCGACAUUGCGCGGCGCACACAAAUCGAAAUCUGGGGCUCCAACUUGACCCUCCAAGACAUUGACGGUGUCGACUGCGUGGUGCGCGCGUGGGACGUGGAGACGGGCAAGCUGACGUACGAGGGCACGGUGGCCGAGGGGAUCGUGCUGAAGGCGAACCGGUCGACGGAGCUGGCGGCGCUGGACGUGCCGGGCGUCAAGGGCGAGGAGGCGAAGACGGUCGUGGCGGCGUACUUGGAAGCGUCGUCCAAGCAGAUUGCUCGGUAUGUCAACUGGCCGGAGCCGCUCAAGUACCUGCACCUGGCCAAGCCCGACUUGACGGUGGACGUGGUCACGUCGUCGGGCGACGCGGUUGUCGCCGUCGCCGUCCGCUCGGACGUGCCCGUCAAGGGCGUCGCCGUCGAAGUGCACGAGGACACGCCCAACGCCGAGGCGGACGCGGUGCGGUUCGACGACAACCUGGUGGACAUUGUGCCGGGCGAGACAGUGCAGCUGGGCGUGACGGGCGCGACGGCGUCUACGCGGUUUACCACGAGAUACUUGGGAUUGAGCUCGUGA